GGCGAGGGGACGGAUUAAAGUUAUACUGUUACACAAGGCUAUAGAAAAACAAACAAUCAAAUAUAACACAUGCACCAAUAAGUGGGAAGAAUUAACAUUUCAUCGUAAAUCGUUAAAAAAAACUGAACUCUGCUGCAGCCUGUUAUUUAGGCCAGGGUUCCGCAGACUCAGAUUUAGUCCACUUGAACUGGCAUUAAUUCAGAGAGAUGUUCCGCCAGCGCCAUAAUGGCUCAAAUUGCGCGAUUCGACCUCUAGCAGCAGUGUUUCAAGUAGUAAAUAGUUAAUUGUUUACGAUGAACACGAUAUUUACUCCACCAUUGUACAUACAGCGAUACGAAUUUGUCAUCGACUUCGUCAAAGAGAACAAACCCAAAAAGGUGGUAGACUUGGGAUGCAAUGACUGCACUCUCCUUAGGAAGCUGAAGUUUCACAAAGAAAUUGAACUGCUUGCUGGACUGGACAUUGACUGUGCAGUUAUCAGGGCUAAAAUGUAUGAACUGGCACCGAUUCCAACUGACUACCUGCAGCCAGGUGAUCAUCCCCUGACCAUUGAGCUGUACCAGGGUUCAGUCACCGAGAGGGAUCCCCGCACCAAAGGAUUUGAUCUGGUGACGAGUAUUGAGCUCAUUGAGCACCUACAGCUUGAGGAUGUGGAUAGGUUCACUGAGGUUGUAUUUGGCUACAUGGCCCCAGUAGCAGCAAUCAUUAGCACUCCAAACGCUGACUUCAACCCCCUGCUCCCCGGGCUGACAGGGUUUAGACACUACGACCACAAAUUUGAAUGGACUAAAGUAGAGUUUCAGACCUGGGCUCUGAAGGUGUGCAAAGAGUUUGGUUAUGUGGUGGCGUUUACAGGUGUAGGACAGAUACCGGCCCAGGAGGAGAGCAUCGGGUUCUGCUCUCAAAUCGGAGUGUUUCAGAUAGACAGGUCAGGAGGUGACGCACCACGUCUGCAAAAUAAUGUCGCAGAGGAGCAUCUUCCUUACAGAGUGUUAUACAACGUGGUGUACCCAAGCCUGUGUGACAGCAAUAUCUUCCAGAGGACUCUGGUGAAUGAGGUCCUGUACUGGGCUGAGACCCUGAAGAGAGAGUGGCUGGAGGAGAUACGUGGAGUGGGGGAUGAAGAAUCAGAACAGACAGAUGAAGAGGGUUGUUCGAGAGAAGGAAUGGACAGGGAGGAGAGUCAGACAGGUGAAGUGGAGCGAGUGGAGGCAGGUGGUAGAGGGUUUGAGGUAGAGAAUGAGGAGGUGGGGGGAGAGGGUAGAACAGACAUGGGACAGGUGGAGCCCUACAGAGAAGGUCAGUCUGUGUGUGUCCCCUUGGUCAGGUUGUGCUCCUGCCCCAGAGUGCAAGCUCUGAGUGGGACAGUCCAGCGUCUCACAAAGUUCCUACUGGAGAACUCUAGAGUACAGUUAACCAACGAUGGCACUGCCGUGGUGUUGGUGGACAGCGAUGAUGAAGAUUUGGAGUGGGAUGAGAACUUUGAUAACACAGGGACAGGUCCGUUCUUUGUCAGUAGUGUGGAGAACGAGGACUGGGAGACCGAGCUUGGUCAGUAGCAUGGAGAACAAGGACUGGGAGACCGAGCUUGGUCAGUAGCAUGGAGAACAAGGACUGGGAGACCGAGCUUGGAUGACCUUUGUCAUAUAAGGAGUGUAUUCUUUGAUGUACUAGUGGUGUGGAUUUUCAUUUUCUUUUACCCUGGCAAUAUACAGUUCUAGAACUAGGGGCCAUCAGAUAAGAUUCAACCAUAUCCUUAAAUGAAGAAGGAACAUGUUCCUAAUAAAAUGUGAUGAGAAUAUAGUCAUUGCCUGGUUCACACAAUCAACAUUUUGAACCGUUUUAAUCAACAGUGCAUGGUACACAGGAAAAGCAUACAGUACACCUGGUAAGGAAGCAAAUGUUGGUCAAAAAGACAGGAACAUUGGACACUGUUGACACUGACAGAAAACGUCACUUUUACAGGAGGAUACGGGUUACAGCUCCUUAAUACACACAGCUUCACAGAAGAGAAAAGGCAACCAUGUUUGUUACAUGUUAGGUACCGACUGAGCUGGGAAACAGGAACAUAUGCUGCCUGUCUAACAUCUGUCUACUGGAACUGAUUUUACUGAAGGAAGGUAGUUAACAGGCUUAUUUCUAUUCAAGAGGAAUAGUGAAUGGUAAUACAAGUGCCUUGCUAAAGGUUACAAUACUCAUUAUUAGUUUCUACCAUGUUCUAGAUCUAUACAUUAGUUCUGUUCUUAAAUUUGCCUCAGAUGAGGCAGUAAAGAGAACUUCCAGGUAAGUGAUGGCACAACAUAAAUGAAUCACACAGGUAUGUGGUCUUACCAAACGUACAGAUGUAAGAAACCUUGAACCACAUGUGAUGGUGGAAUUGUGGUUUUCAAGCAUUGGUUUAACUCGCUGAAGAAAUACAAAAAUCAUGCAAACAAUAAACAUCUACACAAAGAGAAAUAACAUAGAUUAAUUCAGAGUUAUAAUACCAUACACUGAUGACACUGCAGAAAUCAGCAAAUUACGGCACAUAACUUGAGGUCAGGAUAUGGUUAACCUCCAGUAUGGCUUAAGACAGGAGACGAUCACAUACACUAAAUGUAUGUAAUGCCAUUAUAUCUUUAACUUACUCUGAAUAUGUAUUGUUAUUUCUAUUUAAUGAGACAGACCAAUUAACAAGAUUCAUCAUCACAAAAUCGUGUAGUGUAUACAAUUCCCCCCCCCAAUGUCAGUUUCAUAACCGUAUUUGACAGACUAUAUUCAAGAUAUGGGGGGGACCAAUCCAUUACAUUGUUCAGACAACGAAUAACAGAGUCAUCAUCAGCCUCAUCUGAUGUAACUCCUGGCCUUUUGUCAUAUAAGUAUAUCAUCAUCAUACCAUCUGAUAUGCUGCUGAGAGAGAACCUUCAUGGACCACACCGUCACACUCUUCGUGGACCACACCGUCGCACUCUUCGUGGACCACACCGUCUCACUCUUCAUGGACCACACAGUCUCACUCUUCGUGGACCACACCGUCUCACUCUUCGUGGACCACACCGUCUCACUCUUCGUGGACCACACCGUCUCACUCUUCGUGGACCACACCGUCUCACUCUUCGUGGACCACACCGUCUCACUCUUCGUGGACCACACCGUCACACUCUUCGUGGACCACACCGUCUCACUCUUCGUGGACCACACCGUCUCACUCUUCGUGGACCACACCGUCUCACUCUUCGUGGACCACACCGUCUCACUCUUCGUGGACCACACCGUCUCACUCUUCGUGGACCACACCGUCUCACUCUUCGUGGACCACACCGUCUCACUCUUCUUCGUGGACCACACCGUCUCACUCUUCUUCGUGGACCACACCGUCUCACUCUUCUUCGUGGACCACACCGACUCACUCUUCGUGGACCACACCGUCUCACUCUUCGUGGACCACACCGUUGCACUCUUCGUGGACCACACCGUCGCACUCUUCGUGGACCACACCGUCGCACUCUUUGGAGUUGUACUACACAAGGUGACCAAUAAGUGUGUACAAUGGCAGUUCAAUUGUUGACCAUUUGUCCUGUAGCCUUCAUCUUUACCUACGUCAGCUUGGCAAGAAUCAACUGUUGACUUGCAUCAGUUUCUAAA